AUGCCCAAAGACUUGGCGGGUAUUGGGACGAGAGGGACACGAAUUUGUGUGGUGCUACUCCAGGAUGGAAGUGUGGUGACUGGGGACGAUCCGUUCGCGGCUGAACGUGCCUCAAAACUUUGUCAGAGUUGUCAACUUCAACCGAAGCAACUCUUUGUUUUCCCGUUGACCGAUCAAAUGUUAGGAUUUGUAGUUAGGUGA